GUGUGUAUGGGGAGUUUAAAUUACCAAAGGUGGCUUACAGCUGUGGUGAUAUUUUUCACAAGUCCCAGGACACGUCCGCAACUUCCAAAACUGUCCAAAGCCAAGAAUGGACAGCAACCUUCAAAGAACCAAUUCUUGUUGGAUUAUCGUCCUUACCUUGGUUUCCACACUUCCACACUUUUUGUACAGCAAACCCUCCAGCCGCGCCGAACAAACCGACUUCUCCAUGCCGGGCAGGACUCACGGUAACAUGAAGCCUCAGCUGACCGCGGUCCAACAGCAGCAACGCGUGGGGCUCAGUUUGCGGCCUCGGUCUGUCGUGGUGAUCUGCCACCCGGACUCGAUGCGGGUUGUGGUGCAGGCUGACAUGUUUGAUACGGGCCUCCAGGUGGACGGCAGACAUCUGCGCCUGGGCUCAGGCUCACUGAGUGAAGGGAGUGCUUGCGGAGCAGUCCCAUCAGGUGAGGCGGAAUUCACCAUCCAGGCCCACCGGAGGGACUGUGGAACUAAACUCUCCUCGACAAAAGACAAGAUUAUCUAUUCUAACGUUCUGGUCUACUCACCUGAACCUUCAUCUGGUGGUUUGCUUAGACUGGAUGGAGCAACUAUUCCAGUUGCAUGUCAUUAUGAAAAGAGGAAUGGUGUAGAUGGUAUUUCCCUGCAUCCCACCUGGGUUCCUUCUGUCUCCAGGGUAUCUGUAGAGGAUCACAUAGACUUCAUUCUGCUAAUCAUGACUGAAGAUUGGCAGUUUGCGAGGGGAUCUUAUUCUUUCUUUCUGGGUGACCCCAUUUAUUUUCAAGUUUCUGCCAUCACUGGCAACCACGUGCCCCUGCGAGUUUAUGUUGACCACUGUGUUGCCACAGCAACUCCCGAUGCAGAGACUACAUUAAGAUAUGACCUUAUUGAAAAUCACGGAUGUCUUGCCGAUGCUUACCUUACAAACUCCAACUCCCAUUUCCUACCACGAAUUGAAGAGCACGAGCUGAGGUUUCAGUUGGAGGCCUUCAGGUUCUACCAGGAGCCAAGCAAUCAGCAGGUCUACAUAACCUGCUACGUGAAGGCUGUUCCAGCCAAGUUAACUGUCAGCUCUCAAAACAGGGCCUGCUCUAUGAUUGAGAACAGAUGGCGCUCAGUUGACGGGAACGACCAGGCAUGUAGAAGCUGCAAUGUCUCCCAUCGGGUUGCUCAGCCUCUGCCCACAGAACGCCCUAAAACUACCAUCAGCACCAAAGCAUGGCCCUCCAAGACUUCACAGCAGAGUUCUGUCCAGAACAGACCUGAACAACACCCAGCCAAUUAUUACCGUUUUCAUCCAAGUAUGCACCAGAGCCAACACAGCAAACCUCGGCAAUCCUCUGCUGGAGCGAUGAAGAGGGGGGUGGAGUACAAAGCAGAGCGAACUAUCCAGCUGGGACCCAUUACUGUCCUGGCACCCAGCAAAAUUGACACAAGACCAUCAGAUUCUAAAACCGUACUUUUACCAAAGACCAGGACCACCAGAGACUCUAGCUCACUCUGAGGCUGAGGAUGGAAAAAAAAAAAACGUAUUAUUGCUGCCUUGUACAGGACAAACAUUUUUGACACAACCCCUGUGCAUGCAGAGGUUAAUCUUGUGAUUCGAAAUACCAUCUCACCUGAAAAAAGGUUUUACCUGUGUGAACUUCACUCUCAACCCUCUGCAAAGUGAAAGUGCAUACACAUUUCCAACUACUUGGUUACUGUUUUGUAUUUUCUGUACAAACCCUUUUUUUUCUCUCCAAUAAAUAUUGGAUAAA